AUUUGCUGGGUAAAUGGUGGACAGUUGAAGAUAUCCUUAAAACAGCAGACCCCUCAAGAACAGGUCUGAUCAAGGUCAGCACACUUGUGGAGAGGGUAGUCCUGUAUGUUCUCAACAGAAUUGUGUACAGAGCAAUGGAGAAAAGCAGUGAAGAUGUUCCCUUUCUCUGUCAUUGUGAGGAUGAAACCGCAAGGAUGGUGAGGCCAUUGGCUUUUACUCAGUCAAACCUAAAGAGAGCUUGUGCAGUAACUUCUUGACGCAGCGCUAUCAGCUUCCUGUCAUGGACACAAUUAUUGUCAGGAAAUGUCACCGUGGCAAUGGUCAUUUCCUACAAAUCCUGGAAGACUUUGUUGGUAGUUUCAGAAAGGAGUACCUAGGAUUUAAAUUCCCUCUUUCAAAGGCUAUGCAUAAAGUAUGUGAAAAGUACUUUAGUAUGUAUCCAGCAGAUAAGGAGCUUCUUUGGGAAGUAGAGGGCAUAGGAGGCCCUUUUCAGAGAAAUUUAAUAGCCAACAAGCUACCGAAGUUGAAGCUAAAUGAGAAGGACCAGGUUGUGAGGAAAUUGAAUUUGGAGGAAGAUAACACCAGUGCUCCAGUGGAAAUAGAGAUUACAAAGAUUGAAGAAACUACUGAAUACACAUUGGAGAUUGUGGAGGAGGCCAUCACAAAAGUCACCAAAGGGGUAGAUGACAUACCUGUCACAAGACGUGGGAACAGCAACCUGAAACGCAGAGGAAUCAGAGAAGAUUCAGAGGAGAUGCUAUCAAAGAACAUAAUCAGGUGGAAGACAUUGAGGCUGGAGUUGAAAGUCCGAUUGAGUUAGUGACUGAAGAAAAACUUUGUAAAAGAAUCAGAAACUGUAAUCAAGAGUACAACAGUCACAGUAACUGCAGCUGUGACAAACAUUUUAGUGCUUACAGAUUCACAGAAAGAGGAGAAACAGGAAAUUAAAAACAAGCUCAUUCUGGACACGGCUGAGAAUAUUCUUGAUAGGCCUGCCAUAGACUUAGCUAAAGCUAAAGCUACAUCAGAGGAAGGUCUUGAAAAUGAAGAGGAGACCCCAGUCACCCACUUCACCACAGUUGGGGAAAUAAAGAGUCAAGGUGGCAGGGAAGAGGAACAUGAAAUUAUUAAUAAGGAGCCCAUUGUGGAAAUUCAAGGAGCCACUAUUGCGUCUUAUGAUCAACACCAUUCUCAGUCUUUGGUUUAUGUAGAAAUUUUCAAGAUGAGUACAGGAACUGAAGAGGAGCAAAAGGGGAAAUUAGAAAAGGCCAAAGAGGGUAAGGAAGAUGAACCUGUAUGUGAGGAAGAGGAGGAAAUAAAACAAAUGCUGGGUGAACCUGAAAAAACUAUGGAAAUUGCAAAUGGGAAAGAGAACGAGAAGAUACAGGAGAUUGUAGAGAUUGUGGAAGAAGAGGAAAUGCAUGCAGAUGAAAAUGAAAAUAUUGAUAAAGUAGACAUUUUUCCAGAAGUGUUAAAAGCAGAAAACACAGUUCUUGAGCAGACAGCAACCGCUAAACCAGCAGAAAAAGCACAAGCUCAUAUGGAUGUGGAAAAGAUGGAGGAGAAAGAAAAAACAGUAGAGGAUGAGGAAACUGAAGAAAACAAAUAUGAAAAUAUGGACUCACAGGAAUGUGAAGCAAAGGAUGAAGACACAUUUCUUCAACAGUCUUUGAUAGACAAAGACCAGACAGAGCUGGUGGCAGAGAAAGAAUCUGUGAAAAUGACCCCUAGUAAUGAAGAGGUCUCAUGUGAGAAGCCAAAACAGAGCGAGACAGAACAUGUCUUGUCCAAAAGCAAGUCAGCUCAAAAGAGAAUAUCAGUGAUAAUUCCUUCAAGGAGAUCCAAAAGACUUCGGCAUCAGCCUGUUGAUACAGAAAGAGAUCUUAAAAGGACUACAAUGUAUUUUAAGCCUACACUAUACAGCAAAGCAAUGAUGCAAGACGGGGAUACCAAAGAAACAAUGGAUCAACCUGAGAAUAAUGAUUCUGAUGUUAUUGAAGAGACACAAGAACCUCAAGUUAUGGUUGAGGAAUGCAAAGAAAAUGGCAAACUUAUAGUAUCUACAGUGGAAGCAGAAGUCACACAUGUUAAGGAAACUGAAGCUGCAGAUCCUGAGGUGUGUGAAGUAGUGAAAGGGACAGAAAUAGAGAGUCAAAAAUAAGCACAGCAACAGUCAUCUGUAGAGAUUGAGGUACAAGAAGAAACAAUGGCAUCUGAAGAGGAUGUUGAUAAAGAGGGGAAUGGCACCAUGAUGUUGACAUUGCAUAAAGCCAAAGUUGUGCUUGUAGAAUUGAAUAUACCAUCUUCUAAAGAGUCAGGUGAGAGUGAUGCAAUUGAGGAGAUAUUACAUACUCAGGAGGAAAAAGAAUCAGACAAAGCAAGCAUUAUGGAUACUCAAGGAGAGGCGGGUAUUACAGAAGAUGGGAUGGAGCAGACAGUGUCUCAGCUGAAAACAUCUGAGCAAGAAGCAGUUGAAGAAAUUGUGAGAAACGAGGAAGAAUGUACUUUGGACAAACCUAUAGACGAAACAGACAGUAGUACUAUUACAGAAGGAUAUGAGUUAGCAGAUGUGGCCAACAGAAUUCCAGGACAAUCAAUUGCAGACAAAGAGCAAAUGGGUGAGCCAGAACCAGAAACUACAGAGGUCUUUCGUCCAAGCCAAGUUGAGAAACAAGAGGAGAAAAGAGACACUGAACAAGCUAAAGAGGAUGAGCAGGACUCGGGAAAGGAUUCAGAUGAGGCAGACAUGUUGUUUACCAAAGGUAAAGAAGCCCAAAAGAGAAGACCAGGUUACACCCUAAAAAGAUCCAGUAGACUUAAUGAUCAACCCACCGACCCUGUGGUGACAGUCAGAUGUUUGAGGAGCACAAUAAAAGCAGUAGAGAACAACCCUCUCAGGAGAUCUACACGAUUCAAAGCAGUGAUCCAAAAAGUAGAAACUGUUAAGCCACAAGUGGAAAAGAGGGAAAAGGUAGAACUCGGAAAUUAUGAAAACACUGAGAGUGAUGUAGAGGAUGCAGGUCCAGAGGAGCCUGAAAUGAAAACAAAUGUUGAGGAAACAGCUGCUGUUGAUCCUGUGAGUUCUGAACUGACGAAAGGUGCAGAAAUUGGUAAUAAAGAUAAAGGAAUUGUAGAGUCUACUGAGCAUACCCCAAGUUUACAAACAGAACCUGAUGAGGAUGUACAGAAAGAAGAGAACAGCACCUCAGUAAUACAUUUGCAAAAUGCCACAAUAAGGCUUGUGGAAGUGAACAAACAUUACUAAAUCAUAGAAGGAAAUAGUGAGACAGCAGAGUCAGUGGAACUGGCAGUGGAUAAGUCUGCUAAUAGAGAACCUGAGCAGUACAGAGUUGAACCAGAAGAAGACAAACAACUAAAAAAAGUAGACACAGAGGAAGAAACUAAAAAGAUACCAGAGAAAUAUAAAAUGGAGGGGAAAAACACAGUUGCUGAGCAGAAUGAACCAGAUAAAGAAGACAUGACAUUUAAAGAGGAAAAGCCAGCAGAAAAAGAUCAAAAUUAUGUAAAGGAGACAAAGAAUUUAGAUGACUAUAAAGCAUUUAUUUAUGAGGCAGUAGAAGAAACAAUAACAACUGGAGAGCAUCCAGACUCAAUGGAAAAUUUAAUAAAUAUAAAUCAGGAGACAGACAAUUAUAAAGACAAUGCAUUGAAAGAGAAAAAAACAGACAGUGGCAUAGCAGGAGAGAAGAUAGAUGACAACAAGGCCACAAUGCCAGAGGAGGACUAUGUGGUGGAAAGCACUAAAAAUGAAAACAUUCAGAAUGAGGAUGAAGAGAUGACCAGUCUUGUUUGGGAGAAAGCUAUCCUGGAAAUCGAGGAAGAGGAGCCACCAGUCUCUACAGAGAAAAGUCUCAGACGAAGAACAGUAACAAUUCAGUCUCCUCUGAGAAAUAAAUCUAUACAUGUACAAAAUGAGGAGUCAGAGUUAGAUGUUGAAACACAGGAAAGUCACACAGAGGAGAUCAAGGAUAAAGCUGAAACAGUCCCAAUUACAGAAAAGGGAGUUGAAGACAUAUAUCAAGAAGUCAACAAGAUAGACAAUGUCAGGAAGAAGAUUUAACUGAGACAAAGGAAACAGAUGAGGAGGAUGAGGAGGCUUUAGAGAUGGGAAGAGAAGAAGCCAAUUUAGAGCAACAGGAAAGUGAGCCAUUAGUUGAGAAUAAGAAAGAAAUUUCUGUGAAAAAAAUAUAAAUUGAGAUGGACGAAGCCACAAAGGUUAGCAAGGAUCAAACACAUGUUUUAAAAGAGAUCCCCAUUCAAGUAGAGGAGAAGGUGUCACAGAUAGAAAGCUCUGAGGCUAAUCAAAAUAAGACUGAAAGGGUCACAAGGAGAAGCCUCAGGCUCAGUGCAACACCAGUAAUAUCUUCGCCAAGAAGAACAUCUCAACAUCUAAAUGCACAAAAAUUGGAGCCAGUGGAAGAUGCAGACAUGAGAGAAAAUGAACAUGAUAAAAUCACAGCAACAACAGAAGAGACUGUGAAUAUCAUAAUGCCCAUUAUUCCAAUAGAGACAAAUUUGAAAAUUCUUGAUGUAAUUGAGGAAAAACAGCUGUUGAUCCUGAGAGUUCUGAACUGCUGAAAGGUGCGGAAAUUGAUGAUGAAGAGAAAGUACUACAAAUUGUAGGUGCUACUGAGGAAGAGGUCCAAAUUGUAGAAACAUAGCCUAUUAAGGGUUUAGAGAAAGAGGAGGACAGCACUCCUGUAAUCAAACUGCAAAAUGCCAAAGUAAUGCUUUGGGAUGUUAAUAAAUUUUCCCAAAAAACAGAAGAGAAUAGUGAUACUGCAGAUGAUCAAGUGCAUUCUCAGAAAGAAGAAGAACUGGAACUGUAUAAAUCAGCUAAUAGCGAAAAUCAAUGAAAGACAGACCAAAUAUAAUUAAGGAGACAGACAAUAAUCAAGAUACUGUUUUAAAAGAGAAGCAAAUGGACAUUGACUUAGCAGGGGAGAAGAUAGUGGACAAUAAGGCCAAAAUGCCAGAGGAGAAAAUUGUGGUGGUAAGCACUAAAAAUGAAAACGUUCAGAAAGAUGGUGAAGAUAUGACCAGCCUUGCUCAGGACAAAAAUGUCCAGGAAGAGGAGGCACCAGUCUACACAGAGAGAAGUCUCAGAUGCAGAACAGUAAGAGUUCAUUCUACACCGAGAAGAAAAUCUAAACGUGUACAAAUACAGGAGUCUGAGGCAGAUUUUGAAACACAGGAAAUCCAGAAAGUGGAGAGCAAGAAUAAAGCUGAAAUGGUCCCAAAAACCAAAAUGGGAGUUAAAGAAAUGGAUCAAGAAGUCAACAAGAUGGAAAACAAGAAAUCAAAUUUCAUUGAGACAAAAGAAGCAGAUGAGGAGGAGGUGGCUCUUGAGAUGAAAAGAGAAGAAUCUAAUAUAGAGCUACAGGAAAACGAGUCAUUAAAUUAUUCUGAAAAUGAAAUUCAAGUGGAAAUUCCUGUAGAGGGAGUUCAAGAUAAAGAAAAAGUGCAAAAAAGAACAGUAGAAGAGGGUUCCAUUAAACAAGAAUCAGUGUCACAGGAGGAAAACUUAGGGGAAACCAAUCAGAAUGUAUGUGAAGCACCAGCUGCUAUAGAAAGCACAGAUGAAAACGCACCUCUUACUACAAGAAAAAGUCUCAGAGAUAGAACAGUAACAGUCAAAUCUACACCAAGAAGAACAUUUAAAUGGCACCACAGUCAAGAGGUGGAACCUGAGAUAGAAGCGAUGAAUAACAGAUGUGGAAAUGAAAAAAACUCAUCAAUGGAGGAAACAGCUGACAUCUUAAGUGUUCAUACAGAGGAAAAUAAGCCACUGAAUGCUGAAUUUGAAAAUUUGGAGGCAAAAGAGGGAGAAGGUAUAAUUCAGUUUUAUACCGAUGAAAAGGCAGUGACAAAUGAUAACGUUGAGGAGGAAGUUAAUGAAAUCCUGGUUGAGAGCAUGAAACAGAACCGUCCAAUUCAGAAGGAGACACAAGGAGAAAAUCAUGAAGAAGAAUUAGGGAAUGCACAGAAAGACACAAAGCAGAACAAGGCUCAAGUGGAAAAUCUGGACAUAGAAGAUGUGCAGAAACCCAAGAAACAGGAGGAGGAGGAGUCCAAUGUUUAGGAGGAAGAAACACAAUUUCAAGAGUCUCCAUCAGUCACAGAAGGUAUGAAAGA